AUGGUAGCCAAUUUCGAUCAAGUCUUAUUUGAGACAUUGGAUAAGGAUGGUGUCAUUGAGAGUUCAAGACAGAUGUGCCAAGCGAAUGGUUGGGAUGACCAUCAAGCAGUCGUUGGUGAUCUAAAGUCAUGGGAGUCAAUGAACGUCGUCACUUUGGAGUUCAAAGAGAGCUCUUCAUUAAACUUGACUGAAAACGGUGAGAGUGCAGUCAAGAAUGGUUCACCAGAGUUCAUCUUGUACUCUGCAGUACCAGCUGAAGGUAUUUCCGUUAAGGAAGCCAAUGAAAAGUUUGGUGCAACUGCUUUUGGUUCUGCCAAGGGUAAGCAAUGGAUUGUUAUCGAUAAAGGUUUGGUCAAGAGAAAGCAAGACGGUAUUGAAGACACCACAAAGAAUCUUUUGGUCAACCUCGCCAAUUUGGAUCCAAAGGGAGAAGAUAUUAAAGCAUUGAGACGUGCAAAAUUAGUUGAAGAAAAGACAUUGUCAUAUUGCAAGAUUAGUAAAGGAGAAAAGUAUAAUAUUAGAAAGAAGGAAUGUUCCGAUUUGACUGCCGAUAUGUUAAAGACAGAGUCAUGGAAGGAUGAGACAUUCAAAUUCAAUCAUCUUGCACUCGGAGAAAUCCCAAGUUCGGGAUUCCGUCAUCCAUUGAGCAAGGUAAAGGCAGAGUUCAAACAGAUUUUCAUUGAGAUGGGAUUCGAAGAGAUGCCAACUGCAAACUUUGUUGAAAACUCUUUCUGGAACUUUGAUGCUCUCUUCCAACCACAACAACAUCCAGCUCGUGAUGCUCAUGACACCUUCUUCUUGAAGGAUCCAGCCACCUCACACGAUUUCACAGAUGAUUAUCUCGCUAAAGUACACAAAGUACAUCAAGAAGGUGAUUAUAAUUCAUUAGGAUGGAGAUAUGAUUGGAAGCUUGAGGAAGCUGAAAAGAAUAUUUUGAGAACCCAUACAACUGCUGUAUCAUCUCGUAUGUUAUAUAAAUUGGCACAGACUGGUUUCAAACCAAAGAAAUAUUUCUCGAUUGAUCGUGUUUUCAGAAAUGAAACAUUGGAUGCUACUCAUCUUGCAGAGUUCCAUCAAGUCGAGGGUGUCAUUGCCGACGUCGAUAUUUCAUUGUCACAUUUGAUCGGUAUUUUCACUGAAUUCUUCAAGCGUUUGGGUAUCACCGAUAUCAGUUUCAAACCAGCCUACAAUCCAUACACCGAACCAAGUAUGGAGAUCUUUGGUAAGCAUCCAAAGUUGGGCCGUAUCGAACUCGGUAACUCUGGUCUUUUCCGUCCAGAGAUGUUGUUGCCAAUGGGUCUCCCACCCAAUGUCAGAGUAGCUGCCUGGGGUCUCUCUCUUGAAAGACCAACCAUGAUCAAAUAUGAACUUAAUAGCAUUCGUUCAAUCUUUGGAAAUGAUUUGAACAUCAACUCUAUCAAAUCAAAUCCAAUUUGUAUGUUCCCAACCGAUUUCGAAUAA